AUGCUCGCCCUCAUCCUCUCCUCUCUCCUAACUCUCUACAUAAUAAACACAAUCAAAAACCUCCUCCACCACCGUAACCGCGCCAUCCAAACCGGCCUCCCUUACAUUCUCCUCCCCGUCUCCGAACACAACAUCGCAUAUCUCCUGCUCUUCGAAACCCGCUUCCUCAUACAGCUCAUCCGACUGCUUCCACCAUGGCUGGCGGAUUACUUUUACAUCAGCUCGUUCAAGUCGCGAUGGUGCGCAAAGGAGCGGUUUCAUGAGAAAUACGGACCGGUUUAUCUCAUCGCGUCGCCAGGGAGUUUGACCUGUGCUGUUGCGGAUGCGGGGGCGAUCAGUCAGAUUUUCAUGGAUAGGAGGGGGUUUCCGAAGCCGGUGGAACAAUAUGAACCGGUUGCCAUUUUCGGUCCGAAUGUCGUUACUUGUUCCGACCAAGACUGGUCGCACCACCACCGCUAUACAUCAACCACAUUCAACGAAAAGAACAACGCCCUGGUCUGGUCAGAAACCAUCCGCCAAGUCAAACAAAUGACAGAAUACUGGGUGGAUGAAUACUCCACCAGUCCGACUGAGUUUCUGCUCUCCUCGCCCAGAGACGACAUCCUCAAAUUCACCCUCAAUAUCAUCUGCAGCGCUGGGUUUGGCGUGAAACUGCCCUUCCGGCCAGCGCCCGAAGCAACGACAGAAGAUGCAUUGGGCUUGUUCAAAGAUGCGAUCUCCCCUCCACCGGGGUUCCAUUUCACCUUUCGCGGUGUGAUGGGGUAUCUGCAUCAUAAUAUCAUGUCGGUGUUUGUGGCGAAUGGUCUGCCCAAGUGGAUUCCGCGGGGAUGUUUCCCAUUCUUCAAGAGGACGUUUGAGGCGGACGAUGAUUUGAGAAAUCGCAGACGGAAUCGGAGAGUUCGCGUGAUAAAGGACUCUCGAACGAUGAGGUUCUGGGGAAUAUAUGCUAUCCAUGAUCACUCUGACGAUCCAUUCGAAUGGGAAUACACUCACGUCUAUCCCAAACUCAUCACUCCGCUAUGCGUCAUGCUCGAAACCCUCCGACUGUAUCCCUCGGUGGUCAGUCCUCCAAAAUGCACCUCGUCCUCACCAGCAAGCAUCACCAUAAACAACCAAACCCACCACAUUCCCCCUCACACAUCCGUCAACCUCAACUGCGGCGGUCUGCACUACUCGAAAGAAUACUGGGGCGAAGACGUGCACACCUUCAACCCAUCCCGCUGGGAUAAGCGGAAUCGAUCUAGCUUUCUCGCCCGAAACGAGGGUAUCACGGGUCUUGUCGGACCAGGUUUAGAGUCGAAUAGUAUCCACAGACCCGUCCGCGGUGCGUAUUUGCCAUUCAGCGAUGGAUUCAGGGGGUGCAUGGGGAAGAAAUUCGCGCAGGUAGAGUUUGUGGUUGCGGUGGCUGUCUUACUACGCGAGUAUAAGAUUGACCUUGCUGGUGGAGACAUCGUAGAAGCGAAGAAACAGGCGCAGAGGGUGCUGGAUGGGAGUGCGACAGUGCUCACGUUGAGUAUGCGUGAAGAGGUGCCGUUGGUGUUUCGGCGAAGAUCAUAGUAUACAUCCUCUAUAAGCGAGGUUAUAUUUAGGAUAGAUUCUGCAGACGUAUGCUGUCAGAUUAUAGAUAACCCAAAAUAGAUGCAGUCUUCAGCUGAAAUGUGACGAUAUUGUGAUAUUGUCUCAGUUGGAUGAUCAUUCCCUAUUCUGGUUAGAAUGAAGCUAUCCAUGAUGUCUCGAUUAGGUGAUGGACUGCGAG